AUACCACAAUGAAAAACUCAAGCUUUUCUGUGUGACGGAUCAAAAACUAAUCUGUGUUGUCUGCAAAGAGGACAAGACACACCGGGGACAUAGUUUUAAAACUUUGGAUGCUGCAUUCCAUGACAAGAAGGUAAAUUCAGUAAGGUUCAAACUUUUUAAGUGAUUAAAUGGUGUUGUCCAUUUAAGUGUUAAAGUCUGAUAAAUUCCUUUAGAAAAAGAUAACUGAGACUCUGGAAUCUUUGCUCGGAGUAGAAAACAUACUGGUCGAUUUGAUUAAUGAGCAGGCUGAAGAGAUUCUGAAAACAAUGGGGAAAUCCAAAUCAUUAUCAGACCAGAUCUCAAACCAGUUUAUGAAGCUGCACCAGUUCCUGGAGGACAAAGAGAGGGAGGUGAAGAAAAAGCUAGAGGAGGAGGAAAAACAAAUCUUGGCCAUAAUGGGAAUAAACAUGUUUACAAUGGAAGAAAUGUUGUCAGACAGAGGAGAAAAACAAGGAAUGAUGAGGUCAGCUUUAGAGAUUAAUCAACCUAGCCGGUUCCUACAGUGGUGGAAUGAGACUGGACGCUUUGUAGUUCGGAAAGUAGUCAUAGGAAAUUCAACGCACCUGGCCCUGGAGGAUCUUAGGGUUGUACCCGACACCCUGUCUCUUGGUCCCUAUGAGACGCUCCUGCAGUUCUUUGUGUGGAAAGAGAUGUUGAGAUUCAUCCAGCUAGUGCCUCAUCACCACACUGUGGAGGACAAAGGCGAUCAAAGCAUCAGCAUUUCUCCCAGUGGACUCUGUAUUCAGCCCAAGAAGGUGACAAGAAUCCAGAAAAACAAACCCAACUCACUUUGGCUAAAGAUAGUGUCAUCAUUUAACACAGGGAAACACUACUGGGAGUUGGAUGUGGGGAGGAAAGUGGACUGGGGUGUUGGGGUUUGUAGCUGUGAAUCGGGUAAAAUUGUCAAUGACACGGUGCUUUGCUUCAACUCAGAUUCUAGCUACCACAUCGAACAGACCCACGAUACGGACAAAAGCACAGUAGAUCUUACAUCACAGCCUAGGAAGAUAGGCGUGUACCUGGACUGUGAGAGAAAUCUGAUCUCAUUCUAUAAUGCUGACAAAAUGAUUCUCAUUGAUACUAGAGUCUUGUCAAAACCACCACCCUAUUCUCUCUGUCUCUCUCCUGGUCUUUAUUUGGAUGGAAAGAACAGCGAUCCACUCACUAUUUGCUGGUAUUGAGAGCAAAAUGAUACCUAACUAUGCAAGUUAAAUUUAAUGUUUUAAAUAAAGGUAUUUUAUUUGAUUGGUUAUUAGGCACAGUGCAUUUUGCUAUGACAAUAGUUCCUACCAAAAAUCAAAUUUAUGUAUUAAUGUGAUAAUGCAUUCUAAUACAAGAGCAUUUCUAGACUAAAAUCUCAUUCACAUGGACACAAAAAUGAUUGACAUGGUUAAACCCAAAUUUAUGAUUUUACUUUUUAUUUCCUUUGAGAUUUCCUUUUAUGAGAUUAAUAUUAAUCGAAUAAGAUUAUGCAGCUUUUUUCUUUUGGUAGAAUAAAUUUUUAUAAUGACUGUAGUUUUAUGAACGCUCCACAACAUUAAUUGUAAUUAUAAAUGAGCAAAAGGUAGGACAUUAUUUUUUUAAUAUUUAAUAAAAACUCUGACAGUCUUUCACAUCAGGCCAUUUCACUUCAACCUGUGUACAAUUCUUAAUGUAUAAUCUGUAUAUCGAUGUUUACUGUAUGAUUGCAUUAUUCCUUUAGUC